AUGACUGAAAAGAAAUCAAGAAUUGGAGAGUCGUGGAAUCGAAUAGUCGAAGACUCGAAGAAUCGAAGAUUUGAAGAAUCUAAUAGUCAAAGAUCAAAGAGUCAAAGAGUCAAAGAGUCAAAGAGUCAAAGAGUCAAAGAGUCAAAGAGUCAAAGAGUCAAAGAGUCAAAGAGUCAAAGAGUCAAAGAGUCAAAGAGUCAAAGAGUCAAAGAGUUAAAGAGUCAAAGAGUCAAAGAGUCAAAGAGUCAAAGAGUCAAAGAGUCAAAGAGUCAAAGAGUCAGGGAGUCAAGGAGUCAAAGAGUCAAAGAGUCAAAGAAACAAAGAGUCAAAGAAUCAAAGAGUCAUAGAGUCAUAGGGCCAAAGAGUCAAAGACCCAAAAAGUUAAAAAGCCGAAAUUCUAAGGGUCAAAGAGUCCAAUAG